AUGAAAGUAGCUGUGUUCUGUUCCUUCCUGUUUACCGCACUAGCACGACUCAGCUUGGCUCAGUACCAUUACCAGGGUCUGAUGAAUUAUCUGGAAAACCGGAUGAUUGCCAUGGAGGAGCGUAUCGCCUUGUGGCACGAACAGACAAACCGAUACAACUCAGACCUGAAGGAGUUUCGGCAGCAGGCUGCAGACUUGCUGGAGAAGCUGGGAAAGGACCAUGAUGCUCUGAAGAUGGACCUGGAGAAGGCUGGAGCCAAGGUGGACCGCGUGGAACGGGAGAUGGACUACAUUGAGACGAGGAAUCCUCCAAGGCCCUGUGUCAAGGCUGAUGACAGAAUGGUGGAACAGGAGGUUGUCACCAGAGAGAGGAAGAAGGACGUGUUCUUUGAAGUCUCCGUUUGCAUGGACAUCAUCUCUAGAAUCAGAGCUAUGAAGAUCCUGAAGAGAAUGGGCAGUCCCAAAGGUGUUUGGACCAAGGAUGCCAGGACAGCGAAGGUCUACGUCUUCAAUGGCACAUCAGAGAACACGCUGUAUGAGUUUGGCUCUGUCCGUGAACUCUCAGCUUCCUCUGGCACCUCCACUGGCAGGCAGAUCACGUUACCUUUCUUCUGGAAUGGGACGGGCCACGCUGUCUAUGACGGUUACCUCUACUAUGUCAGUGACAGGGAAGUGCUCCAGGUGAUCAAGUACGACCUGAGGAACGGCUCUGUGGCAGACACCGCUGUGCUGCCGGUGGAAGACCACACCCCUGUGUAUACCCUCAACCCUGACACCCUGGUGGAUCUGGUGGCUGAGGAGGAAGGUCUUUGGGCUCUCUAUCCUUCUGGCGACACCAUAAACUUGGCUAAGAUGGACUCAGACACGCUGGACAUCGAACAGAUGUGGGACACGACAUGCCCGAGGGAGAAUGCGGAGGCAGCCUUUGUCGUCUGUGGCACAGUCUACGUGAUUUACAACACCAAGCCACCCAGCCGCUCCCGUGUCCAGUGUGUGUUUGAUGUAAACGACAUGGUGACGAGUGGGGAGGCCCCGCUGGUGUAUUUUCCCAGAAGGUAUGGUGCCCAUGCCAGUCUGAAAUACAACCCUGAAGAGCAGCAGCUUUACGCCUGGGAUGAUGGUUACCAGAUACUCUACAAACUGGCCCUAAAGAAGAAACUGUGGGCACUGGCCCCGCCCACUGACCCGUAA